GGAAAAAGAUAUCAUGCCUUAGAAUUGUUGUUAGAUAGAAUGUUUAUUUGAUAUAAUUAAACACUGUGGCCACUUAUGUGCUUCUUCAGUCGCGAUUCCAUUGCUUUUUUUUCCUCUUGUUCUUCCAGUGAAAAAAUUUCGCGCUGUGUUUUACGUCAGAGUGGAAGUGUGACUCGGUGGUUUAAAAAUAUUUUUCUUUUUAGUGUAAUCUGCACAGAAUAAACAGAGACAGGGAGAUUUAAUUACACCGGGAGAGAUAUUAAAUAUCAUUCUUAAUAUUUACCAAAGAUAAAAUCAAGUCUAAUAAGUAAAUAAAUUUUAAGAUAGUGCGAACUUCCACCCUCUCUUGCAAUACAACACGUGUUUAUGACUUUUGUCGUGUGUGAGAGGGAAAGGCGAAAUGAGAAAGAAAAAUAUUAUUGUAAAUACAGUCUUUAGCUACCUUAAAUAAGACAAUCAACCCACUUUGGUGUUUAGUCGAAUGCUAAAAGUGUGCGCGAAACGAGUAGUUGUUGUGAAGUUAACGAGUAUAUAUUUCUCAUUCAACCAUGCUUAAAGGACUAAGAAUAUCCUUGGAUCAGACUCUCAAUCGGUGUGAGUCGAUGGGGGCCUUUGGCUACAGGGCACUGCUUCAGUAUGUGGACUCCAAUGACUUGCAGGGACUCAAGACACUCCUGGACACUCGACAUCUGCCGGUGGAUGAUCGAGAUGAGAAUCAGACGACGAUACUUAUGGUGUGCUCUGCAAGGGGCAUGGUUUCCUUCGUCCGGGAGUUGAUUGCUCGCGGAGCGGAUGUUCAGGCUGAAGAUGUGGACAACUGGACGCCACUGCUGAGUGCCGCCAAGGAGGGUCAUGUGGAGGUGGUGCAGCUGCUGCUGGAGCACGAUGCGAAUCAGGAGCAUCGGGACAUGGGUGGAUGGUCGGCGCUGAUGUGGAGCUCCUACAAGGGUCACACGGAUGUCGUGGCUGUGCUGCUGCAGCGCGGCGCUGAUGUGCAUGCGCACGGGAAUUAUCACCUGGGUCCGCUGCUGUGGGCGGCGGGACGGGGGCACAAGGAGAUUGUGGAGUUGCUGGUGCAGCGCGGAGCCAAGGUGAAUGUGGGUGACAAGUAUGGGACGACGGCGCUGGUGUGGGCGUGCCGGAAGGGAAAUGCCGAUAUUGUGGACACUCUGCUGAAGGCGGGAGCCAAUGUGGACACAGCCGGGAUGUACUCAUGGACGCCACUCCUUGUCUCCGUGGCUGGUGGGCAUCAGGAGUGUGUGACGCUGCUGCUGGAGAAGAGGCCCAAUGUGAAUGCCUUGGACAAGGAUGGACUCACGGCGCUGUCGAUAGCGUGUCGUGAGGGAUUGCAAGACACAGCGUCGGCACUGAUUGCGGCCGGAGCUUAUGUGAACAUUCAAGAUCGGGCUGGUGACACUCCUCUGAUCCAUGCAGUGAAGGGGGGCCACAGAGGUGUGGUGGAGGCGCUCCUAAAGCGUCAUGUGGAUAUAGAUAUACAGGGAAAGGAGCGAAAGACGGCACUUUACACAGCAGUGGAGAAAGGUCACACGGCUAUUGUGAAGCUCUUGCUCUCCUCGAAUCCGGAUGUGGAGUUGGCGACGAAAGAUGGGGAUACUCCAUUGCUGAAGGCUGUAAGAAAUCGCCAUCUGGACAUUGUGCACAUGUUGCUGGAGAAGAAGGCAAAAGUGAGCACUGUUGAUAGGAGAGGAGAUACUUGUCUUCACAUUGCAAUGAGGGCGAGAUCAAAGGCUAUUGUUGAGGCUCUGCUGCGCAAUCCAAAGAACAGCAAAUUACUCUAUCGAGCCAAUAAGUCUGGUGAGACGCCUUAUGGAUUGGAUACGGUGCAUCAGAAGACAAUUCUUGGACAGGUUUUUGGGGCACGACCAUUGAAUACCAAUGAAGAUUCGGAGGGAAUGCUAGGCUAUGAAUUGUACUCAUCAGCAUUGGCGGAUGUUCUCAGUGAGCCCACUCUCACCACUCCCAUCACAGUGGGUCUGUAUGCAAAGUGGGGCAGCGGCAAGAGCUUUCUGCUGGCAAAAUUGAGGGAUGAAAUGAAGAGUUUUGCUCGACAGUGGGCUGAACCGCCCAUCAAAGCGCCGUGGUUGCUUUUCACCGUGUGCCUGCACAUUUGUCUGCUGUUGGGCAUCGUUGUGGGCCUCAGCUGUUGGUCCUACGUGUGGGGAUUGUCGGCGGCGGGUGGUUCUCUGGUGCUCAUCUACACCGCAAUUAUUGCCAUUAAGUUUGCCAGUCGACGCUACGAUGUGUCUUGGGCCUAUUCAUUCCACCAUGGACUGAUGAAGCGAAUUGGACGUCUCAGCCUGAUCAUGCAAGUGGCCUUCUGUCAUCCACCAGGCACUCAGGGUGAUCCUCACGCAAUGCCGGUGCGCUUCCACUUCGCCGAAGCCAGCAGUGCAGCGCCCAGUGGUGAAGGAGCCGUUGGUCAUAUGCUAGCAUCCCUAUUUGAGGCCAUAGAAACUCACUACGGAUCACUGCCGACGCGUCUCUUUCGUGCCUUCCGACCAAAACACUCCUCCUCGAGUCACUGGCGAUGGCGAAGGAUGUGCUGCAUGCCUCUGAUUCUGCUCUUUGAGCUCGCUCUGGCCGUGACUGUGUCCGGAAUGGCACUACUAAUUCUCUAUCUCAGCAAUCUCGAUGCUGAACACAACGAUGGAAUCCUCAUUGCUCUGUAUGCAUUGGGAUCGGUGUUGCUGGUGGGAUUUGUGGGGAAUUUACACUCGUGGGCGAAGGCUCUGCGGGCACUCUUCUUUUCCCAAGGACGACAACUGAAGAAAGCCAUGACAUCCGCCGAUCAUUCGUCCCUGACAGCAUUAGGAGCUGAGGUUUCCCUCAUGGCGGACAUGAUAAGGUGCUUGGAUGCAUUUACUGGGCAACAGAGUCGUCUUGUUGGAGUGGUUGAUGCACUGGAUUCGUGUGAUACUGAGAGAACACUCACAAUGCUGAAUGCCAUUCAGACGCUUCUGUCAUCGCCGAAUCGACCUUUCGUCCUCCUUCUGGCUGUGGAUCCUCAUGUGAUUGCCAAAGCGGCGGAGGCGAAUAGUCGACGAUUGUUUACAGAGGGUGGAAUUGGUGGUCAUGAUUUUCUUCGGAAUCUCGUGCAUUUGCCAGUGUAUCUGCAGAAUUCGGGAUUGAGGAAAGUGCAGAGGGCUCAAAAUACUGCCUUGACAUAUCGAAGGAAUAUCUCAGAUGCUGCUGAUGAUCCAAUCUUGAGUCAUUCAGCCUCGGCGAGGCGAUUAUCAAAUGCCUCGGAGAUUAUGUCGAGUCAGGAGAAGUUGCGAGCACCGCCGGGAACUUCUCGUGGUGGCUCGAAGAAGUUACGCUUGUCAGAAUCUGUGGCGAGUUCCAUUGGAUCGAAUCUCCAUCGGGUGGGACAAAAUCCUCAGGGGACGCUGGACAUGUCGAAGAUUCUCCUCACAGAUGACUACUUCAGUGAUGUGAAUCCGAGGAGCAUGAGACGCCUGAUGAAUGUGAUUUACAUCACGGUGAGAUUGCUGAAAGCAUUCCAGAUUGACUUCAGCUGGUAUCGCCUCAGCUCUUGGAUUAAUCUCACUGAACAAUGGCCCGUGAGGGCGAGCAUGAUUGUGCUACAGCACGAUCAAAAUGGUGAUUCUCUGGAUGAUUCAACGUCUCUGCAGUCGGUCUAUGACAAGGUCAGACCUAAGAUAAGUUGUUUGCGUGAAGCAGCAGCACUUUUGGAGCUUGAUCGCGAUGAGAGGAAACUCGAUGCGUUUCUGCAGCUUCACAAAUCUGACCUUCUUGUGGCUGAUUUGAGAAUUUUCCUACCAUUUACAAUCAAUUUGGAUCCUUAUCUGAGAAAAGUCCUCAAAGAGGACCAACAAGCCAUGGAGGACGAGGGAAUAAUCAUUCCAAUCAAGCCCAGUGCACCAUUGAAUCCUCGUUCGAGUCUUCCGCGCUUUCCGCAGCCUUAUCCGCCUUAUCAGAAUAUCUUUGCAGCCACAAAUCCGGCAAUUCCUGUCCUCACGUAUCAGUCAUAUCAAGCCAAACCGCCACCAGUGCCCACAGUUGAGGGUGUUCGGAAGAAAAUUCAGUCACAAUCCAGUGAGACAUCUCAAACUGCCCUUGCGGACAUUCUCACGAAUGUUCCUGCGAAUUUGCACCAAAUCCGACUGUCAAAGUUAAAUGUGAAUGGUCUCAGUGAUUUACUGCAGCAAAUUGAUGAGCUGCGACCUGCCUUAGAUAAUCUUCUUCCAGCAUUGAAGCAACACUCCAUUUCUGGUCGUGUCUUAAUGCACUGUGAUCUUCAAGAGUUGAAAAAUUUACUAAAUUUAAGCUUCGGUCAUUGGGAAAUAUUCAGAUUGCUCAUCAUUACAUUGAGAAAUCUGGAGAAACAUCCACCAACAUCGGCGAUACGCGUGCAGGAUGACGAUAAAACUGAUAGUCAAAAUAAUAUACAGCAACCACCGACGUCAUCUGUGUCCAACUAUUCACGCCAAAAACCGCAGAGCAUUAUGGAGAAGCAGCAAAGGGUGCACGAUUAUGAAUUGUUGCAGGUGACGCUGGAGGAGCAGAUGAUCUGUGGCGCUCUUCAGACACUCAAUGAGGAGGCAUUUGAGGAUGUCGUGGGCAGCGAUCGCGCGGGUGGGAGCCAGACAGCAGAUGGAAAGUCCUCGCCCACAUCCAGUUGGUCAGCUUCGCCACUAGUUGUGCGUCGAGAGCCGAUCCUGAAGCCGCGCGGGAGUGUGAAAUCGGAGAAGAAGUUGUCCUUCAAGGGUGACAUUCCCGUCAAUAUUGAGUACGUUGGCGAGAAGAGGCUGGGAUCAUCGGGAUCCACCGGGAAGAUUACCUCUGCAGCGCCAGGUCGACCAGUGGCUUUGGUUUACACCACUAAGAACGAAAGGGCGGAGAAAGCCUUCAAGAUGACCCGAUCGUACUCCUUCGACAACGAUUCUCUGGACAAGGGAAUUGAGCUGAAGGACGUCUCGAGCUCCGCGGACGGCCAGACGGCAAAUGAGGAUAUUCAACCGCUGGUCAACUCUGACGAUGCAUCCAAAUAAGGCGAAGAGAAACCUUUCCUCUCGAGAAAUCCCCACAAGCUUUCGCUUCUGCUGGGUCUUUUCCAUCUUUUUUGCUCUCCUUUGCUAACUGAAUGUCUUGCGGUCUUGUCUAAGUCGCCGACAAAGGCUGAGAGGUGGAAGAUUUCAAAGAGAUUUGCACAGUAGCGUAAUUGUUGACGCCAAGAGUAUAUUUUUUGUGUGGUCUGUUAAAGGGGUAAUUAACACGUGAGGAUGUUGGACAAUGCAGACUUAAUGAUUGCCUUGAGAAAUUGGGGGGAGGAAAAGUGAAAUUUGUACAUGAAAUGAGGACACAAAAAUACGGAGAUGAAACAAUGUAAUUUUCUGAUCUUUAUUUUGGAUAAUUUAUUUAUUUACACGAUCUUUUAGCUUAUGGAAUUUUUAGUUGAAUUUUUUUUUACUUAGUCGAACAUUUUGGGCAUUUUAAGCAGCAAAUCAUUGCAAUAUAUUUAGAUAGUAAGUAGCUCAUUUUUAGAGAAUCUUAAUUGGCAUUUCGGUACAAAUUCUUAGGAUAUUAAUUUAGCCGACCAGCAAUUAUUUAGGAAGCAAUAUUUCUCAAUUAUGCGACACAAUUUACUUCUCGUUUGCCUUGAGAAUGUUUGUGAAGUGUUUAUGAACUAUGAAAUAAAAAUUUAGAAUUGAGUUACAUAUGAAGAA